UCCGGAUCAUUCAGAACUGAGUCCGGAUCAUUCAGAACCAAACUGAUCCACAUCAGAGACCUGGGUUAAGACCACAGCGAGACAAAAACUGAAACCAAAACCCCCUCAAAACUGGGAGCAGUGACAUUUGAGGACCUCCCUGCAGAGCCAGUUAUAUUCAGACCUGCUGGUCCUGGAUCAGAACCGACCCGUUUGGACUGAGUGUGUGUCUGAAGAUGCUGAACGUGAAAGUGUUGGCUGGAAKUCUGUUUGUCGGUGUUCUGCUGGGAGUCCUGUACGUCUACAUCCACUCAUCGUACAGCAUUGUUGGACACUUUGGGUUUUACCAGAAGAGUGGAGAGUGCCCAGUGACCCGAUGUGCUGAGAAGGUCAUCAAGGGUCCAGACUUGAAGCUGGUGCUUCCAGACGGGAUGAAGUUCCCACAGCCGAGCAUCCUGCGAGGUCGGACUGACGUGGUUUCGGUGACGCCCUGGUUGGCUCCSGUGGUCUGGGAGGGAACCUUCAGUGCUGACUUCUUCGACGGCGUCUACUUGAAGAAGAACAUCAGCGURGCUGCCACRGUGUUCGCWGUGGGGAAGUACAUCAUGUUCCUGAAGGACUUCCUGGAGACAGCAGAGCAGCAUUUCUUUGUGGGCUUCAGAGUGCACGUCUAUGUGUUCACAGACCGCCCCAAAGAGGUGCCUGAGGUGAAGAUGGCUGCAGGCAGGGAG